UAUCGACCGAUGAGGAUGAGUCUCAAUUUCCACGUUUUUGCAAGUAUGUCACAACACCGCAGAGAGCAAACAUUGAACAUAACGGAACUCAAACAAACAAAGCCAACUGUAUAUCUCUCGACUGACAGAGACACGUACACUCCAGCUUAAUGGACAUACGCUGGUCACGCAAUUGACCACCACACAUUCCCUCAAUUGUCACUGACUUUCAUCUCACCUUCAUUUCAUAAGCAGUUACUGCACACCUUCCACGCCCACCUGAUUAAUAAUAAAGUUGGAAAACAUGAGGAAUUUAGAGAUCGUUCGGAGGCAGAAAGCCCCCCACUUUCCAGACUUGACACAUUCAGCUGUCUGUUUGUGUGAGGACAGCCACCUUCUCAUUUGUGACAAGAAAACGGGUAUCCUUUCCUGCGUAACGACCGACAUGAAGGAGGACCACGCCCAAGUAUUAUGUGACCAAGAAGCGCUCAAAGACGUCGUGCAAAUGCAAUACGUGCGACCUUCUGGCCUACUUUAUCUGGCUAAAGGCGACGGGUCGUUGAUGCAGCUCCGACCUGAAAAAGGAAUCAAGGCAAAGCUCGUUGAUAUUUGGAAAUGUGACAAGCAGAUGCAAGCCUUCUCCGUAUCACCAGAUUCCAAAUUUGUAGUAUUUAUAACACGACUCGAGAGGAGAAUGAUACUUUUGUCAUUGCCGGAAAUGAAGUGCAUUGCUCAUGAUGAUUUUGGAAGUAUUGAUUCGUCCCCCGUUUCCAUAAAGUGGAGGAAGGAUGGAGCCUAUUUUUCUUUGAAUGUUUCCAUUACUUCACCGGAAACUAAGGUGGAACAAAGGAUAAUAAAGAUAUACGACAAGACCGGAAACCACCACUCAUCGACAGCACUGGACACGCCAGACUAUGCAAUUAUGGACGAAUCUCUCGCUUGGAAGCCUAGUGGAAGGCUGUUAGCGACGUAUGGGAAAAUUAAUGGAGCCGAGGCAGUAAUUUUCUUUGAGAUGGAUGGACAGAAACAUUCCCAUUUCUUCGUGGAUCAUGUCAACGAAGAUAUUUUAGAUGUUUGUUGGAACUCGACCUCGGACAUCGUGGCGGCACGAUAUCAAACUUGUGUAGAGUUAUGGACUCGCAGUAAAAACGUUUGGGAGCUGAAGAAGAUUUUGAAUAAUGUGGAAAAUGAUCAUGAAAAUGUAAUCUUUUCAAGUUGGGAUCUUGAUCUGUCUUACAAAAUGCACGUCUUGUUCGAUAAUGGGGUCUACAUAACGGACGACGUGUCAUAUUCAUAUAAUUCUGGAUUCUCGGGUGGAUCAGCAAUCAGGGUUUCGUGGAAUGGAAAUAAAAUUUAUUGUACACCAUUUCGUGACAGUGAAGCUCAACCUCCAUACGGAUUUUCGCAGGCCACUGUUCCUGGUACGGAACACAUCGUGCACGUAGAAGUCAGCAGUUUUUGGGACGGUUUCCUCUGUAUCACGUACACUGGUCAUUUGAUUCUCUAUCGUCAUUCUGGCACGGAUAUCAUCCCAGUAAAAAGAUUCGUGCUUCCGAGAGACGUUUAUAUCCACCUUGUUGGAGGCUGGGCUUGGCCAAACCGCUCUACAAUUUGCUGCACUCAUUCCGGCUCGAUUCUUGUAUUUAGCAUCGGAACUUUGGAUGAUGGUGAUAAUGAAGCCGUCGUAAUGAUGAAGGAGAGUGAACUCGAACUCAAAGACGUUAUCAGGAUGGACGGGGAGAAUUUGUUGCGAAUCCAAACCUUGCAAAAAGCUAGCAGCACUAUGAACGAAGCGUCAUCUUCUGCUGAAUCUAAUGAAAUCCUGGCGGAAGCGGAUGACAAUUUCAUAAUCCUUGUAAAUUUGAAAACUCACGAAAAUGAGAAGCUGGUAAAGUUCUCCCGUGUUUUCGCUCAUUAUGGACAUCUUGACAUGGGAAGCAACGCAGGAAUUGUGGUCUUUGCUCACUGUCCAUGGUCGGGAGAGCUGAUAUUAGGGUUAUCUCGUCACGACGAAGUUCAUGAGUUGUACAGUGACUGUACCUCUGCUGUUGCUUUUAAUGGAAAUCUGCUCGUUACCAGACGCGGGGGAGUGUUGGAUAUUUGGAAUGGGAAAGGCCUUCUUGAUAUCCUUCUUGAAAAAAGGAACGUCAAAGACAAGGAUGCUUCCGGCGAUUGUAUGGAUAAAAGUAAUAGAUAUCUGAUUUCCAGACAGAUUGCGACAGGGUCGGAAAUUGUGUCAUGUUGUGUGAACAACAUGUCGCAAGUGUCGUUGGUGCUUGAGGUUAUUAACAAGGGGACUUUUGAAAUAAUUUGUCCCCUUGAUUUUCCUAAUUGAGAAUAACGGAUAAUUGUAGACGAAUGUGACAAUGCAAUAAUAUUUAUUAAAUGCUACAACCAUCACAACGUAUGUAUUUGUGCUAUGUCUUACUCAAUUUUAAGAAUUGUAUUAGUAUUAUACCUGUAUUUUAUCAAAUUCCAUUGUUCAACUUAACAUGAAGUAAAUAAAAUAGACUUCAACUAUUAUGGCUGUAGGUACAUUCA